GGUGAGUCUAGCGAGACACAGUCAUAGCUUGUCUGGCCGCAACUUACCUUUUGGUGUCACCUGUAGUGAAGCGUUCUGUGGUGCUGGCUACACUCACUUAUGAUACCCUGCGCUUUGCCGAUACUCCCGACUUUCCUGAAACAGCGGAGCCAGUUUGGGUGCUGGGAAGGAAAUACAGUGCAUUGACAGAGAAAGAGCAGCUCUUGAAUGACAUCACUUCCAGGCUCUGGUUUACCUACAGAAGGAACUUUCCAGCAAUAGGGGGCACAGGGCCCACGUCUGACACGGGCUGGGGCUGUAUGCUACGAUGUGGCCAGAUGAUCUUUGCUCAGGCUUUGCUCUGUAGACACAUAGGAAGAGACUGGAGAUGGGACAAACAGAAAUCCCAAGGAGAAUAUCUGAACAUCCUUACAGCUUUUCUGGACAAAAAAGAUAGUUAUUAUUCCAUCCACCAAAUUGCACAAAUGGGAGUUGGAGAAGGCAAAUGCAUUGGCCAGUGGUAUGGUCCAAACACAGUGGCGCAGGUCCUGAGGAAACUUGCGGUUUUUGACCAGUGGAGCUCUAUUGCUGUUCAUAUAGCUAUGGAUAACACAGUUGUGAUGGAUGAGAUACGCAGAUUAUGCAGAGCUGGAACCAAUGAGAGCUCCGAGGCUGGGGCCCUUUGUAAUGGCUAUACAGGCGUCUCUGACCCCAGCUGCUCCCUAUGGAAGCCUCUUGUGCUACUCAUACCUCUUCGGCUGGGACUAAGUGAUAUCAAUGAAGCCUAUAUUGAAACACUAAAGCACUGCUUUAUGGUACCUCAGUCCCUGGGGGUUAUUGGUGGCCGACCCAACAGUGCUCAUUACUUCAUAGGAUAUGUAGGGGAUGAGCUGAUCUACCUGGACCCUCACACUACACAGCUUGCGGUGGAGCCCAGUGACUGCUGUUUUGUAGAAGACGAAAGUUUCCACUGUCAGCACCCUCCAUGUCGAAUGCAUGUAUCCGAGAUUGACCCUUCUAUCGCUGUGGGCUUUUUCUGUAGAUCUCAAGAAGACUUUGAGGAUUGGUGCCAACAAAUUAAAAAGCUGUCUCUUUCUGGAGGAGCCCUGCCGAUGUUUGAAGUGGUAGAUCAGUUACCUUUACAUUUAUCCAAUCCAGAUGUGCUAAACCUCACGCCAGAUUCAUCAGAUGCUGACAGACUUGACAGGUUCUUUGAUUCUGAAGAUGAAGAAUUUGAAAUUUUAUCACUAUGAAAAGUCUGAAGAAUAAAAUUACCUAUGGAUUAGGAACACAUUAUAUUCUACAGCCAGGCAAUAGGAGAGCAGUCACCACUGUGGGCUACAGACUGCUGGAUUACUUACACAGUUCCCUGCUCCUUGGGUUUGAUGAUGAGUUUUCCAGUUACAGAUACUUCCUGCUGCAUUGGGGAAAUGCUGCCUAUAUUUUUGGUGUGGCCCCUUCAGCUGUCACUCCUGGAUCUAGCUGGGAUGUCAAAUAACUUCAUGCUUAUGUUCUGUUACAUUCCAUAGACAGGAAAACACCACUGCUUACAUCAAGAAUUAGUGACAAGGACAGAAAAAGAUACGUCAGGGCUCAGCAUUAGGGUAUGGCAUGAGAACUGGGUAGAAAGGAUAGGUUUUCUUAAGUAAGUGUGCAGGAAUUUUGCACUCAGAAUAAGGGAAAACCCAGGAUGGCCUAUCUAUUGGUCUCUACUUGCAUAAAGCAGGCAUAGGAAGCUCCUGAGACAUCAGUGGGUAGUUAUUGUAAAGGGCAUAUUGUAAAGAUGGGCCAACAAGCAGUGGUGUUGAUCUGCUGUUCCUAAAACCAUGCUGGACGUGUGCAAGUUUAUGUAGGCAGACUGGAAUUGUACACAUUGUAGACAAAUGCUUUCACAUUUUUUAAGUGCAAGUCCCCCAAAUACAUUAAAGACAGUAUGCAUUUGUUUUGUUUCCUCUUUUGAAAGCAGCACUAUGAGCUGAGGAUGGAUUCCAAAAGUCAUGUAUAUUUACAGAUAAACAUGAGAAGUGGUCAGCUUCAUAAUGCUGUGAUUUUAUUUAAGCUUGACUUUUAAAAAUGAUCUCUGAACUACUUCAAUAAAAGCAAGUCAUCAAGUA